AUGUCUUCAGAUGCUGAGAUGGCCAUCUUUGGGGAGGCAGCUGUGUAUCUCCGAAAGUCAGAAAAGGAGAGAAUCGAGGCCCAGAACAAGCCUUUUGAUGCCAAGUCAUCUGUCUUUGUGGCACAUCCUAAGGAAUCUUUUGUGAAAGGGACAAUCCAGAGCAAAGAAUCAGGGAAAGUCACUGUCAAGACAGAAGGUGGAGAGACCCUGACCGUGAAGGAAGAUCAAAUCUUCUCCAUGAACCCUCCCAAGUAUGAUAAAAUCGAGGACAUGGCCAUGAUGACCCACCUCCACGAACCCGCUGUGCUGUACAACCUCAAAGAGCGUUAUGCAGCCUGGAUGAUCUACACCUACUCGGGUCUCUUCUGCGUCACUGUCAACCCCUACAAGUGGCUGCCGGUGUACAACCCGGAGGUGGUGUUGGCCUACCGAGGCAAGAAGCGCCAGGAGGCCCCUCCACACAUCUUCUCCAUCUCUGACAAUGCCUAUCAGUCCAUGCUGACUGAUCGCGAGAACCAGUCGAUCCUGAUCACUGGAGAAUCCGGUGCCGGGAAGACUGUGAACACAAAGCGUGUCAUCCAGUACUUUGCAACAAUUGCAGCCAGUGGGGAGAAGAAGAAAGAGGAGAAGCAGCCAACAGGCAAAAUGAGGGGAACGCUUGAGGAUCAAAUCAUCAGCGCCAACCCAUUGCUGGAGGCCUUUGGAAAUGCCAAGACUGUGAGGAACGACAACUCCUCACGCUUUGGCAAAUUCAUCCGGAUUCACUUUGGAGCCACAGGCAAACUGGCUUCUGCUGACAUUGAAACAUACCUGCUGGAGAAGUCCAGAGUCACCUUCCAACUUAAGGCGGAAAGAAGCUACCACAUAUUCUAUCAGAUCAUGUCCAACAAGAAGCCAGAGCUAAUUGACAUGCUCCUCAUUACCACCAACCCAUAUGACUACCAAUUUGUGAGUCAAGGUGAGAUCACUGUUGCCAGCAUUAAUGACCAGGAGGAGCUGAUGGCUACAGAUAGUGCCAUUGACAUCCUGGGCUUCACUGCUGAUGAGAAAGCAGCCAUUUACAAGCUGACGGGGGCUGUCAUGCACUAUGGGAACUUGAAGUUCAAGCAGAAGCAGCGUGAGGAGCAGGCAGAGCCAGAUGGCACAGAAGUUGCUGACAAGGCUGCCUACCUGAUGGGUCUGAAUUCAGCUGACCUGCUUAAGGCCCUCUGCUACCCUCGAGUCAAGGUGGGGAAUGAAUAUGUGACCAAGGGUCAAACUGUGCAGCAGGUGCACAAUUCAGUAGGUGCCCUGGCAAAGGCUGUCUAUGACAGAAUGUUCUUGUGGAUGGUUGUUCGCAUCAAUCAACAGCUGGAUACAAAGCAGCCCAGACAGUACUUCAUUGGUGUCCUGGACAUUGCUGGCUUUGAGAUCUUUGAUUACAACAGCCUGGAGCAGCUGUGCAUCAACUUCACCAAUGAGAAACUGCAACAGUUCUUCAACCACCACAUGUUCGUGCUGGAGCAGGAGGAGUACAAGAGGGAAGGAAUCGAGUGGACGUUCAUUGAUUUUGGGAUGGACCUGGCUGCCUGCAUUGAGCUCAUUGAGAAGCCCAUGGGCAUCUUCUCCAUCCUGGAAGAGGAGUGCAUGUUCCCCAAGGCAACUGACACCUCUUUCAAGAACAAGCUCUAUGAUCAGCAUCUGGGCAAGUCCAGCAACUUCCAGAAGCCCAAGCCUGCCAAAGGCAAGGCUGAGGCCCACUUCUCCCUGGUGCACUAUGCUGGCACGGUGGACUACAACAUCACCGGCUGGCUGGAGAAGAACAAGGACCCCCUGAAUGAAACUGUCAUUGGGUUGUACCAGAAAUCAUCUGUGAAGACACUGGCCUCACUCUUUGCUUCUUACGGCGGAGAAGCAGAAGGUGGUGGUGGCAAGAAGGGUGGGAAGAAGAAGGGUUCUUCUUUCCAGACUGUCUCAGCUCUUUUCCGGGAGAACUUAAACAAGCUGAUGACCAAUCUGCGCAGCACUCACCCACAUUUUGUGAGAUGCAUCAUCCCCAAUGAAACAAAAACACCUGGUGUCAUGGAGCAUGAACUGGUGCUACACCAGCUUCGGUGCAACGGUGUGUUGGAAGGGAUCAGAAUUUGCAGAAAAGGAUUCCCCAGCAGAGUUGUCUAUGCUGACUUUAAACAGAGGUACAGGGUAUUGAAUGCAAGUGCUGUCCCAGAGGGACAGUUCAUGGAUAGCAAGAAAGCUUCUGAGAAGCUCCUUGGAUCCAUUGCUGUUGAUCACACACAAUAUAAAUUUGGUCACACCAAGGUGUUCUUCAAAGCUGGACUGAUAGGUCUUCUGGAGGAGAUGAGGGAUGAGAAACUGGCACAGGUCAUGACUCGCACACAAGCCAGAUGCAGAGGCUUUCUGAUGAGAGUGGAGUACCAGAGAAUGGUGGAGAGAAGGGAGUCCAUCUUCUGUAUCCAGUACAACAUUCGGGCAUUCAUGAAUGUCAAGCACUGGCCUUGGAUGAAGCUGUGCUUCAAGAUCAAGCCCUUGCUGAAGAGUGCAGAAUCUGAGAAGGAGAUGGCCAACAUGAAACAAGAGUUUGAGAAAACAAAGGAAGAGCUUGCAAAGUCUACGACAGAUAGGAAGGGGCUGGAGGAGAAAAUGGUGAAACUGGUGCAGGAAAAAAAUGACCUGCAGCUCCAAGUGCAAGCUGAAGCGGACGGCUUGGCUGAUGCUGAGGAAAGGUGUGACCAGCUGAUAAAAAACAAAAUCCAGCUGGAAGCAAAAGUUAAGGAGCUAUGUGAAAGAGCAGAAGAUGAAGAAGAGAUGAAUGCUGAGCUGACAGCCAAGAAGAGGAAAUUGGAGGAUGAAUGUUCAGAACUCAAAAAAGAUAUCGACGAUCUUGAGUUAACACUGGCCAAGGUAGAGAAGGAAAAACAUGCCACAGAAAACAAGGUGAAAAACCUCACAGAAGAGAUGGCAACCCUGGAUGAGACCAUCGCUAAGCUGACAAAAGAGAAGAAAGCCCUCCAAGAGGCCCAUCAGCAGACACUGGAUGACCUGCAGGCAGAAGAGGACAAAGUCAAUACGCUGACCAAAGCUAAGACCAAGCUGGAGCAGCAAGUGGACGAUCUGGAAGGGUCCCUGGAGCAGGAGAAGAAGCUGCGCAUGGACCUUGAGAGAGCUAAGAGGAAACUCGAAGGAGACCUGAAGCUGGCCCAUGACAGCAUAAUGGAUUUGGAAAAUGAUAAGCAGCAGCUGGAUGAGAAACUGAAGAAGAAAGACUUUGAAAUCAGCCAGAUCCAGAGCAAGAUCGAGGAUGAGCAAGCCCUGGGCAUGCAGCUACAGAAGAAGAUCAAGGAGCUGCAGGCGCGUAUUGAGGAACUGGAGGAGGAAAUUGAGGCAGAGCGAACCUCUCGGGCAAAAGCAGAGAAGCAUCGUGCCGACCUCUCGAGGGAGCUGGAGGAGAUCAGCGAGCGCCUGGAAGAAGCAGGAGGGGCCACUGCAGCUCAGAUGGAGAUGAACAAGAAGCGUGAGGCAGAAUUUCAGAAGAUGCGUCGCGACCUCGAAGAGGCCACGCUGCAGCACGAAGCCACGGCUGCCGCCCUGCGGAAGAAGCACGCGGACAGCACGGCCGAGCUCGGGGAGCAGAUCGACAACCUGCAGCGAGUGAAGCAGAAGCUGGAGAAGGAGAAGAGUGAGCUGAAGAUGGAGAUCGAUGACUUGGCCAGUAACAUGGAGUCUGUCUCCAAAGCCAAGGCAAGUCUGGAAAAGAUGUGUCGCACACUGGAAGAUCAACUAAGUGAAAUUAAGACAAAGGAAGAAGAGCAUCAGCGCAUGAUCAACGACCUCAGUGCUCAAGCCAAGAACGCCCUGGCCCACGCCUUGCAGUCUGCUCGCCACGACUGUGACUUGCUCCGGGAACAAUAUGAGGAGGAGCAGGAGGCCAAGGGGGAGCUGCAGCGUGCCCUGUCCAAGGCCAACAGCGAAGUGGCCCAGUGGAGAACCAAAUACGAGACGGACGCUAUUCAGCGCACGGAGGAGCUGGAGGAGGCCAAGAAGAAGCUGGCACAGCGCCUGCAGGACGCAGAGGAACACGUUGAAGCUGUCAAUGCCAAAUGUGCCUCCCUGGAAAAGACAAAGCAGAGGCUGCAGAAUGAAGUGGAGGACCUGAUGAUUGACGUGGAGCGAUCAAAUGCUGCCUGCGCAGCUCUGGAUAAGAAGCAGAAGAACUUUGACAAGAUCCUGGCAGAGUGGAAGCAGAAGUAUGAGGAAACGCAGGCUGAGCUGGAAGCCUCCCAGAAGGAGUCUCGCUCUCUCAGCACGGAGCUCUUUAAGAUGAAGAAUGCCUAUGAGGAGUCCUUGGACCACCUGGAAACGCUGAAGCGUGAGAACAAGAACUUGCAGCAGGAGAUUUCCGACCUCACGGAGCAGAUUGCUGAGGGAGGAAAGGCGAUUCAUGAGCUGGAGAAAGUCAAGAAGCAGAUUGAGCAGGAGAAAUCUGAAAUCCAGGCUGCUCUGGAGGAAGCUGAGGCCUCCCUAGAACAUGAAGAGGGGAAGAUCCUGCACCUCCAGCUUGAGCUCAACCAGGUGAAGUCGGAGAUCGACAGGAAGAUAGCAGAGAAAGAUGAGGAGAUCGACCAGAUGAAGAGAAACCACCUCAGAAUCGUGGAGUCCUUGCAGAGCACCCUGGACGCUGAGAUCAGGAGCAGGAAUGAAGCCCUGCGGCUGAAGAAGAAGAUGGAGGGAGACCUGAAUGAAAUGGAGAUCCAGCUGGGCCAUGCCAACCGCGUGGCUGCAGAGGCACAAAAGAACCUGAGGAACACACAGGGAGUGCUCAAGGAUACCCAGAUACACUUGGAUGAUGCUCUCAGGACACAGGAGGACCUGAAGGAGCAGGUGGCCAUGGUGGAGCGCAGAGCAAACCUGCUGCAGGCUGAAAUUGAGGAGCUGCGGGCAGCCCUGGAGCAGACUGAGCGCUCAAGGAAAGUGGCUGAGCAGGAGCUUCUAGAUGCCACUGAACGUGUGCAGCUCCUCCACAGCCAGAACACCAGUUUGAUCAACACCAAGAAAAAGCUGGAAACAGACAUCAUGCAAAUUCAGGGUGAAAUGGAGGAUACAAUCCAGGAAGCGCGCAAUGCUGAAGAGAAAGCCAAGAAGGCCAUCACAGAUGCAGCCAUGAUGGCAGAAGAGCUGAAGAAGGAGCAGGACACCAGCGCCCACCUGGAAAGGAUGAAGAAGAACCUGGACCAGACGGUGAAGGACCUGCAGCACCGUCUGGAUGAGGCUGAGCAGUUGGCUCUGAAGGGAGGCAAGAAGCAAAUCCAGAAGCUGGAGGCCAGAGUGCGGGAGCUGGAAGGGGAGGUGGAUGCUGAGCAGAAGCGCAGCGCUGAAGCCGUGAAGGGUGUGCGCAAGUACGAGAGGAGGGUGAAGGAGCUGACCUACCAGUCUGAGGAAGACCGGAAGAAUAUUCUGAGGCUCCAGGAUCUGGUGGACAAGCUGCAAACGAAGGUGAAAUCCUACAAGAGACAAGCUGAGGAGGCUGAGGAUCUCUCCAAUGUCAAUCUCAUCAAGUUCCGCAAGAUCCAUCAUGACCUGGAGGAAGCUGAGGAACGGGCUGACAUUGCAGAGUCGCAGGUCAACAAGCUCCGAGUGAAGAGUCGGGAGAUUUAUAGGAAAAAUUAA